CGGCCGACUUCGCCGCAGCUCUUCGUGCCGCUGCCCGGCCGGCCCCCGCGGGCCCUGCCUGGCCAUGGCCGCGGCCACCUCCCCUCCCAGGGCCGAGAGAAAGCGCUGGGGCGGGGGCCGCCUGCCGGGCGCCCGGCGGGGCAGCGCGGGCCUGGCCAAGAAGUGCCCCUUCUCGCUGGAGCUGGCUGAGGGCGGCCCGGCGGGCGGCGCGCUCUACGCGCCCAUCGCUCCGCCAGGCGCCCCGGGGCCCGCGUCCCCCGCCGCGCCCGCCGCGCCUCCCGCCACCGCCGACCUUGGCCCGCGGCCGCCGGUGAGCCUCGACCCGCGCGUCUCCAUCUACAGCGCGCGCCGCCCGCUGCUCGCGCGCACUCACAUCCAGGGCCGCGUCUACAACUUCCUGGAGCGCCCCACCGGCUGGAAGUGCUUCGUCUACCACUUUGCCGUCUUCCUCAUUGUUCUGGCCUGCCUCAUCUUCAGCGUGCUGUCCACCAUUGAGCAGUAUGUCGCCCUGGCCACGGGGACCCUCUUCUGGAUGGAGAUCGUCCUGGUCGUGUUCUUUGGGACGGAGUACGUGGUCCGCCUCUGGUCAGCCGGCUGCCGCAGCAAGUACGUGGGCAUCUGGGGCCGGCUGCGCUUUGCCCGGAAGCCCAUUUCCAUCAUUGACCUCAUCGUGGUCGUGGCCUCCAUGGUCGUCCUCUGCGUGGGCUCCAAAGGGCAGGUGUUUGCCACCUCGGCCAUCAGGGGCAUCCGCUUCCUCCAGAUCCUGAGGAUGCUGCACGUCGACCGCCAGGGGGGCACGUGGAGGCUGCUGGGCUCGGUGGUCUUCAUCCACCGCCAGGAGCUGAUCACCACCCUGUACAUUGGCUUCCUGGGCCUCAUCUUCUCCUCCUACUUCGUGUACCUGGCCGAGAAGGACGCCGUGAACGAGUCGGGCCAGGUCGAGUUCGGCAGCUACGCGGACGCCCUCUGGUGGGGGGUGGUGACGGUCACCACCAUUGGCUAUGGGGACAAGGUGCCCCAGACGUGGGUCGGGAAGACCAUCGCCUCCUGCUUCUCCGUCUUCGCCAUCUCCUUCUUUGCGCUUCCAGCGGGGAUUCUGGGCUCCGGUUUUGCCCUGAAGGUCCAGCAGAAGCAGAGGCAGAAGCACUUCAACCGGCAAAUCCCGGCGGCAGCCUCGCUCAUCCAGACGGCAUGGCGGUGCUACGCGGCCGAGAACCCCAACUCCUCCACCUGGAAGAUCUAUGUCCGGAAGCCGCCCCGCAGCCAUGCUCUGCUCUCCCCCAGCCCCAAGCCCAAGAAGUCUGCCAUGGUAAAGAAAAAAAAGUUCAAACUGGACAAGGACAACGGGGUGAGCCCGGGAGAGAGGAUGCUGACGGUCCCGCACAUCACUUGCGACCCCACGUCGGAGGAGCGGAGGCCUGAGCACUUCUCGGUGGACGGCUACGACAGUUCUGUGAAGAAGAGCCCCGCGCUGCUGGAAGUGAGCAUGGCCCAUUUCACGAGAACCAACAGCUUUGCCGAGGACCUGGACCUGGAAGGGGAGACUCUGCUGGCGCCCGUCACCCAUGUGUCGCACCCCCUCCCCUGCCCCCCAAAAAAGAGACGACUUUGUUUUUCGCAUUUCCCCGGUGGAACCCUGGCCAAAGCCACGGGGCAGAUGCCGACUGCUGUCUGCCAGUUGCCGCUGCUGUCCUCAGGGGCUCCUUCAGGUGGAGGAAAUGGCUGAUUUUCCACGCCUUCCAGUUGGCCUGCCCCCGAGGCACAGCUGGCCUGGGACGCAUGCCCGUCCUCCCCCACCGUCGCGGUAUCGCCAGGCCAAUCCCUGGGGCCCGGCCAUGGUGUGAUUCCCCUCCGACGUGACUCAGUGCUCCCGGCUAGGGCACCCAGUGGUGACAGCCUGUGGCGGGGUCAGUGGGACACUCGGGCCCAUUCUGGCCACUGCCCCACUGGGGAUUCCCCUAGAGAAGUCUUUCUGUGCUGGGAUGUGUGAGCAGCGCUCUCAGCCCUUCUGAGAGUCACUUGCUGGCCUUCUUUCCUUCUCUCUGCGGAGUCACUAAAGCAUGUCUCGGCUCUCCGGACUCUAAGGGUCUCGAGGUUGUCCUGAACCACGUGCAUCUCUCUGGAAGUGAGGCCCCGGGCUGGCUGCCUUUGCUGCCGGCCAGGUGUGGCCUUUGCCUUGCAGAUGACUGAGGAAUCGGGACCCGAACUGCAGGGCCUCCUGGCUGCUCUGUAACCAGAGGACUGACAGAGUCGGGGAGCCAGAGUGAGAGGAGGGUUGGACAGUCUCAAGGUGGUACCAUGAUCAGACAGGAUGGCCUACCAUCCUUCCAGGCCCCCAGGCUCACAGGGAGGUUGACAGCACCCCAUCGAUAGCGGGGUGUGCACAGAAAACAUUCUCAGGCUCGGUGGGAGCCACCCAGGUCCCUGGGAAGCAGCGUUAUUCAUCCUCGUGGACUCGGCACCGGAGCAAGCUUCCAGGCCACCCCUGGGAAUGUGGCUCUGACCUCUGGGCCCAUCCCGGAGAUGACCUGAUAGGCUCACUUGAUAAAUGGACAAGGGCGGAGGCGUGAGCAGUGGCGGGUGCCAGACGGGAUGGGCAGGUGCAGGUCAGCGUCCCAAGGCAGAAUGCCAGCUUACCACUCUGGCUGAGGCCUGUACCGAAUCUGGGGCACAACGGACGCCAGAGCAGUAAAGGUUGCAGUUUUGUGGCUGGUGUCUGCAGCCCAGGUGGCAGUGCCUGCUCAGAGCGAGGACGGCCAAGAGCCUGCUGGGAAACAUGACCCUCACGUGGGUGGAUAGCACCCAGGCCUCACUGUGCCGCUCAGCCUGCCCCUUCCUGUCCUCCUGGCCGCUCUCUUCCUGUCAGAGCUCACUCUCCUUUGUUCUCUCAGCUGUGGCCUGGCCCCCAGAAUGCACAUGCAAGGAGUUGCCCCCCGGGUGGACAGGGCCAUCACCCACCACCCAUCCAGCGGGGCAGUCAGUCUUCACCGGCUCCCCGGGCCCUGCGAGGCCCCUGCAGAGAGGCCCAGGGUGAGGGUGGUGAGACUGGGGACCGAGGUGGCCCAAAGCCAAGCUGACAGCUGCCUUUCGCAGUCCCCCCUUUUGAAGCGAGGUCCAUGUGUGUUGGCAUCUGCGUGCACCACGUUUCCCAAGGCUAGAGGCCGCCCACCUGCCCAGGGAGCCCCAGGAGGGAACUCAAGCCAGUGUAACUGCAUCGUCAGAGGAGCCUGGCCGUUUCUCGUCUUCCCUCCUCCAAGACAGAGGCCCCAAGCUCUCUCUGCUUGCUGUGGGCCUGGGACAUUACCAACUAGAGAGCCGGUGGUGGGCCUUCUCGGUCCAGCGGUCCCAUGGUGUGGCCCGCUGGUUGUAGCAGGAGUGGUCCCCUCCAGCGCCGGUUGGGCCUAGGCAGUCCUCACCCGGUAGAGUCCUCGCCCCAGAACCUGUGAACCAGUACAGACCCUGGAGGUGAGCCAGCUGGGAAGGUGGGAAGGAGCCUAGGCGUGGUGCUAGGAGGAAGGGUCUGCAGUGAAGGCUGGGAGUGAAAAGACCGAGGCUGCAGUCGAAAGGACACCUCCAGGCACCGUGGUCUGGUCAAGACAGAGUCAAGGUUGAGACGGCAAGGGAUCUGCGUGCCCACGUCCUCAGUAGUCAGAGUACUGCUCGGGGGAGCCCAGGUGGGGAAGGGGGGAUGUAGGCACAGUGAAAAGAGAUGGUGGGGGCCUCAGACCUAGGCGCCCCCAGGGCUGCAGGCUGGGUAGAGGCCCCACCCCACCAUGGCUGGGGAAGGAGGUGGCACCGACGGGCACCAUGCUUACUUAGGGCUGUGACUGCCAGCAGGGCAGGGCAGGGAGGGGGAUGGCCAGGCCUCGGUGCCCAUGCUGGGGCCACAUUCCUUUGCCUCCCGCACGGCCUGCCUGGUGAUUGAUGCCCCUAAUUAAACUCGGCUCCAGCCGCUCGGGGACCCGUCUCGGCUCCUGCGGGCAGCUCAGCCCCACGGACUCCAUGCGGGGAAGAGAGGGGCGCACGCCCUGGUGUGUGUAAGGGAUGGGGGGUGUGCGCGGGGGUCUCACAGCGGGCAGAGUGGGUGGGAGGCAGUUACUGAAAAACAGAUCCAUUUUUCUUCAGCAUUUUACUGAUGUUAAAUGUAUUACCAUCUUGGGCCAGUUCCAGGAUUCAAAUUAAAAGCAUAAAUAAAGACACAUUUUGUUUCCAUCUCAAGCUCUCCCCGCCCGCUGGGCCCCAGGGAGGUGAGGUCACUGCAGCCUUGAUUACGGGAAGGUCCCUGGGGCUGGGCGAAGCUCCUCUUUCCGGGGCCUGUUGGCCAUCGGUGGAGCGAGGGGUCAGGGGACUGGGGGUCAGCAAGCCAGCCUGGUGCAACCGAGGGGGUUGCCAGCGAGCAGGGCCCAGGGUGCAGUGGGCUGGGGAGACACGGUAGCUUUGGGCACUCCAGCCCCACAGGCAAGCCCCUGGGCAGCUCCAGGGCCCUCACACAAAUCUGGGUGGCCGGGCCGGAGUCUCAGCCACACCUUUCAGGAAGAUAGUCUUCCAGGGCCAGCAGGGCCAGCAGGCGGCUCGUCUGCAUUUGUGACCCCCCCCCCCCGCCCCCCACCCAGUCUGGCCACAGGGCUUCCAAGGAGCAAGUGUGAGGCAGGAGACAAGGCAUCUGGGGGAGUGGGGCGUAGCGGAGCCCUGCUCCCCAGGAGCUGGGGUGAGUUCCUAGGCUCCUACCCCCUGAGGGGAGGGCCACCCCUGUGUGCAUCCCUGUGCCUUGCACACGGCGUCCCAUCCGGGACAGCCUUGGCACUCCUCUGCAGCCACGAGAUUCCUGCUCAUCUUUCCAAGGCCCUCUCAAGUCAUCCCCUCUCAAGGAGGCGCAGGACGUCCACAGGCCAGGCAGCCGCGUCCUCCUCCAGCCCUGAGGCCCUCUGUACCAGCUCCCUGAGCCCUAGUACGGGGCCUGGGACUCCUUUUUGGGUACCUGUCUCCCAGGAUCCUCGGCUCCUGGGGAGCAGGUGAUGUGCGGCUCCCCUGGGCCUCUCCCUAUCUGGCACCCCCUCAAGCCCCAGCCUGGAGGGAGCUCCAGGACUAUGGCUCCCACCCCAAGGCAGACGGGGGCCCCCAGCCAGCACCUCCCGAGGAGGAGAUGAAGCAAGGGCUAUGGGCGCCUCAGCAUGGGUGCUGGCAUGCAGGGCCAGGGGCGGCUGGGUCAGAACUGGCCUCAGCAUCAGGUCCUGUGGCUCUGAGCUCCAGGGCUGUGUGUGGGCGUGGCCUGGGUACCCUUUCUCUCAGCAGCCUUGGGAGACUGCGGCCAUUCCUAUGGAGUCCUCCCCACGGCUGCAGUCAGCCAGGAGUGGCCUGGCACCCACAUCUGCCCCACCGGUUGCAUGUGGACACCCAAGACAGGUAGUUCAAGUGGCCAGACCCUCUGUGAGCACAGCAGCCUGUGGUUUCCCUGAAGGGUCCCUCCAGGAGAGUUGGUCCCUGGUUCCUCCAUCUCUUUCAUCACGGCAUCUCCGAUGGGCGAGAUUCAGCUCUUUUUAACUAGCCACCACUCUGCAGGGGGAAGAGUUCGGUUAGCACCCUGUACACCAAGAUAGGCACAGGGCAGGCCAGGGGUCUUCUAGGAAAGGAAAGCAGAAGGGAAGGCAAGGCCAAGGCUGGGGCGCUACAGGUCACCCACCAGGUGACCACGAGCAAGCACGCUCACACACAUUCACACACACCCAGCGAGCAUAUACUUGCAGGCCUCCUGCGACAUGACAGCCUGGAGAUCCUUGAGCAAAACCAGCCCUGUGUGCGUUAAUUAGAAUUUCCAUGUCUUCAACUUUCUCCUGGACCCUGCGGAAUCUCACGCCAAAACGUUCAAGUUUCUCUUCUCCAGCAAGGCCGCUGCGGCCUGGCUUUCAUCCACAUCACUACUAAUGUCUCCUGAAAUCUGCAUUUGUCAGCGAGGCCAGGGCCAGCCCCAUGCCUUCUGGAAACGGGGGCAAAUGUCACAAGGCUUGGUCCUGCACUCAGCUCCGUGGACCAGGGGUACUAGCUCUAUUGAUGGGACUAGGUUUGCUUGGGACGUUUCAGAGACACCCAGAGCCCACUGCGGCCCACACCCAUGGACCCUGGAGGCACCAGGCACUGCACCUCUGCGAACACCCAAGCCCCUCGCUCUGUUUCUCACCCUGCAAACUUUGGUGGGAAAGGACGGAGAGGCCUUUCUGGGGCCAGUGUCCAGGGGGAUAAAGGAGGGGGCUUGCCAGGAACAGAUGAGGCUAGUUUGUCUUUCCAGACCACUGUCCUGUCUUCUUCGGAGCUCCAGACCACCUCUGUCUGCACAAGGUGCCAAGGAAGCCCCGUGGGAGCCCACCCGGGAGGGCUGUGCGAAGCUACAUGAGUCACAGGCUCCCCGUCAGAGCCUCACAGCUCCGGCCAGGCGCAAACCCGUCUCUGAAAUGCACGGGGGGAUUAAAUGUUCUCCUAAUUAAAUUAAAAGCGAGGCGGAGUGGCUCAGUGGGAAAGAGACGGGACUGGGAAUCGGAUGCCCUCAAUCUGGCUCCCAGCCUGCACCAGCCCAGCUGCGGGCUGCCCCCGGAGGCCCCCUAACCUCUGGGAGCCUCGCUUCCUCCAUCUGAGCAUGAGAGGAGGACGCAGCCAGUCUCCCGGGGCUGCUGCUCUGGGGAGUGGGCCCGCUGUCUGGGUGGGAGGUCCAGAGGAAAGCGGGGAGGCUCCUUACUUCCUCAGAAGCCAUCCAUAACCCCCGGCCCAGGCGCUCUCAGGCCCCGCUCAGCAGUCUCCGUGGUGCAGGUCCUCAGCAAGGCUAGCGUGGACCGGGCUAGGGUUAGGGUUAGGGUAGCGCUGGAGGAGAGACCGUCCACACCCUAGAAGUAGCUGGGGAAAAUGACUGCACAGACCGCACGGGUUUUGAUGUGGAGACAUUUCUCGCCGUCGGGGAGUACCACACAGCUCCCUCUUGGGCUCUGCUUGAACCUAGAAGGGGAGACUGAGUCCCAAGGCAGCCUGAUCAGGAAGCCUGAGGUGUGUGUCCCCUGAGCCGAGGGUGGAGGGUGCUUGUGGGCAGACCCAGCCCCUCUGCAGGCCUGGGCUGUCCAUCUCUCAAGUCAAGUUUAGAAAGGAUUGUCCUUGCACGCAGGACACUGUUUCCGACUUGAAGGAUGAAGUACAUGGACCUCAAGUGUACUGCUUUAUGCAUUUUCAGCCCCUGGCACUCAUGUAACCAGCCCCCAGCUGAGGCAGCAGAACCUCCUGGGAAGCCCCUAGGCUCCCGCUUCCUGUCACUGAUGCCCACGGGUAACCAGUGUCCUGGCUUCUAGCAACAGGACUCGGCUCUUUGUCCGUUCUUGAACUUUCUAUCGAGAGACUCACACAGUGCACGCGCCCGUCCGUCCGAGUCCCUGGGAGCCCCGCCGUCUGGCUAAAGAGAGCAGUGCCUCCCUCUUUCCUUGCCGGCUGGCACCCCGCUGUGUGAAUGGCCUACACUCUGGUUAUCCAUUCUCCUUGGAUGGCCACUUGGACAAUUUCCAAGGCAGGGCUGUUAUCAUUAUCGCUAAGAAUAUUCUGUCUAGUCUCUGAUGAACAUAUGGGCUGCUUUCUGGUGAGUAUGUGCCUAGGUGCGGAGUUGCCAGGUCACUGGAUGGGCUUGCUGACUUUUAGUAAACAUUGACUAACAGUUUCCCAAAGCAGGCAUAUACCACUUGCACUCCCACCAGUGGCAUGGGGGCAUUCUGGCUGCUCUGUAUCCUAACACUGGGCAUUCUCCAUCACUUCCCUUCUAGCCGUACUGGUGUCUGGUGGCAUCAAAUUGUGAUUUUAAUUUGCAGUAAGCCAAUGGCUAGUACAGCUGAGCCCCUUUCUACAUGAUUAUUGUUUAGUUGGAUAUCGUCCUUUGUAAAAUGCCCACGUCGGCUGCCCACUUUCUAUUGGGUUAUCUUUUCUUUUGAUUGUAGGAGUUCUAUCUUUACCCUGGACAUGAGUCGUUGGUCAGAUUAUUUGGAAUAUAUAUAUAUACACACAACACCUCUCCCUCUGCAGGUCGCCCUUUUCCUCUCUUAAGGUGUCUUUUGAUGAACAGAAGGUCUUAAUUUUAAGGUGAUCCAGUUAAUCAAACAUUUCCUUUCUGGGGAGUGCUAUUUGUGUCCUAUUUAAGAAACUCUGACUAGUCCAAGGUCAUAAAGAUAUCCUGCUUUUUUCUAAAGCUUUAAUAGUUCACCUUUCACACGGAGAUCUACAGUCUGCCUGGAAUCAAUUUUUGCAUGCAGUACGAGGCUGAGGUCACGGUACAGUUUUCCCCCAUUUGGAUAUCCAGCUUGACUCAGCACCCUUUACUGAAAAGACCAUCCUUUCUCCACUGUCCUACCGUAUCAGCAUCGUUAUAAACCAGCUCACUGUCUACACGCGGCUCUGUUUGUGGACCCUGUUCGCUUCCAUGAGUCAGGUUUCAGUUUUUCUUUUCUGCCAGGGCCAUGUUUCAUCAUCACUAUAGUUUGAUACCAGCCCUGGACAGCUGAUCAAGCAGGCUCCAGCCAGUUCUCCUGCCUUGCUUGGCUGUCUUUGUGUGGCACCUGUCUCUCCAUCCAUGUGCCAGUUUCCACAGAAAACUUCUAAUAGGUACGGCAGCUCUCUAGAUGACCACGGGGAGAAGAAACAUCUUUACUAUGUUGAGUCUUUGCAACUGUGGUCUCGACGUGUCCCUCGUUUAUCGAGGUCUUCUUUCCUUUCUCCUACCGUGUCCUGUAGUUCUCAGUGCAGUGAUCAUGCACCCCUUGUCUGAGAUUUAUUAUUCCUUGUUAGCUGGUGUUGGUUAUGGGUUCACCAAGCCUGGGGACACUGCCUACCGGCGGACUCUGGCCAGCCUGGCUCAUUUUAUCCUGCCCGUGGGUGCCAGGGCAGCCACCUCACCUCUCUGAGCCUCAGUGCCCUCUUGCAGACAUGAGGGAUGUGUCUCAUGGUGCUGGUGUUAGCUUCUGAGAAGAUGGGGUCAGGCAUCCAGCUGUGCGCCCGAUUCAGGGAAGGGCCUCUGACCAACAGCAGACAGUGUGAACCGUCACCUUACGCUGAGGCCCCGCGGGGACAUCCCUCACUUGGCCCGAGCGCGUCUGAAACCAUCAGGUCACAAGCUCCCGUGGGACACAGAUGAGGUCACAGUGCGCCGCCGUUAGGUGUCGUCCUUAUUUGACAAGAUACACCUGGAGGCCCCAAAGCCCCGGGCCCCAGGAUGGGCUAGCGGCAGAGGAGAGAUGCAGACCCACAACCCACAGCGUCUCGCCCCUGGGAGAGGGGCUCACGAGCUGUCCUGGCCCCUGUGGAGGUGCAGGGAGAAACCUGGCGCCCACUGUGCUACUCUUGGGGGGAAUGCAGAGGACCAUGCCCCACGGUGGUCACAGGUGCCCCGCCAUGCCUCUGCCCUCUCUUCUCAUCACAGUCGGGCUCACCUGCCAAGGAUGGCACCCAUCUUCAAGCAGAGUGAGGACCAGGGCAGGCCACAAACCCUGCCUUCCCCUGGUGCUGUGCUUGGCACGGAAGGGAAGCGCACGGUACCUCUAGGGUUCCGAGCAACUCGCAGGCUGCACAGCCCGAAUGUGGCAGCAGCGUUCAUAGACCUGGUGGCUUUCAGGUGCUUAGGAGAGGGUGAGCCUCUGGCAGAAUCGACUGAGCCCGUGCCGUGUGUACGUCCCGUGUCAGGGGUGGGAGGGGCGCUGCUGCUGGCCAGGUCUUCAGUAGGGCCCUGCGAGCGCUUAGUCAGUCAGUCCCCCGAUUCACAGGACUGGGUCUUGCCGGCGUCACCCGUGAGGUAGCGGCAGUCUUUAGGGGAGCCCCAGUCUGUGAUGGGGAAGCUGGACUGGCACCCUGAGGGCUGGCAAGCAGGGGGUGGGGAGGUAACUAGCCAGCAGAGGCAAAGGAGCCUGGCCUCUGGUUUGGGUCUGUGCCCCCAAAGUGUUUCUAUGGCCCUCCGGGCAGGAGAGAACAGUCCGUGCAGAGACAGCCUGUGCGCUGGUUGGGUUGACUCUGUGACCAUCUUCUCCAGUGAGAAUUCUUCGCGUUCAGUCUCUUCGCACACCACGGACCCGGCACCGCCGUGUGAGGAGGGCGAGGGGCGCGCAGGCCUGCAGACUACUCCAGGACAGCGCUGACCUGGCCCCCCAGGGUACAGUGGCAGACCCAGCUCUGUGGCUUCUCAUGCUGCCCCAGAGCGCCCCCUCUAGCGUUCAUUCUUUAAGAUUUACCAGCCCUCUUGGGACAAUGCAGGUGUCCUGGGCAGGGGCCACACCUUAGAUGCACAUCCUUAGCAAUGAGUGGCUAGCGGUCCGAGGUCUGGCUAGAAGUCUGUCGGGUUUGGUUGGCCCGUGGGAAUGCCGGGUGCCACCUUAGAGUCCUCGUGGAGGGAAGAGGAAGAGAAAGAAAAGCUGGAGGCAGAGGGAGCUAGGAAGCCAGGUCCAGCCUCAGAGACGGGCAUCCCUGGUGUCCACGUCAUCCUCACACCUCCAGCCGUGACCCUACUGUUGCUUUGAUCUUCUCAGUAAGUAACCUCUUGACCUGGCAGUGGCCCGAGAGGCUCACGUUGAAGAUGGCACCGGGAGUGCCUGGAGAAGAGUAGGUGCACCCCAGGGGUUCACACACGAGCUCGCCCAUUUCAGCUGGCACAAGGGCAGCUUAGGGGGGAUACAUAAAGCUCCGAGAAAGGGAUUUUUUUAGGGGAAAUUCAAGGCAUUUUCAAAGGUAAUUUUGACUCUACCUGAUUUGUCUUCCAAGACCUUGGAACUGAGCCAUCACAGAAGGUCAGACUACACUGCACCCAAAGUAGAAUCCUUGCUGUGCCCUAUGGUGCCUUGCUGGGGAAACUGAGGCAGAGAGCAGGGUGACUUCAUAAAACAACAGCAGAUAUCUGGGAGAUUGGGGGGGGCGGGUAGGUAAGGCUGUUCAGAGCACAGAACUACACACAAACACACACACACACACACACACACACACACACACACACACUAUAUACAUAUAUUCAGCAUCCUUCCCCACAGCCUCACUUGUGGUUCUGGGCCGAACACUGCUGCCCUCAGAGAGCCAGGCCCCCGAGGAGGAGGUGGGCGGCAGCAGGCAGCCAGCCGCUGGUCCUCUGCUUAGCUCCUCAGUUAGCUCAUCUCUGUAUCUGGGGUAUAAGUUCAGGGUAAGGUCACGUUGGGACCUUUAGCUGAAAGUCCUUGAGCACAUUCUGGGCGAGUCCUCCUGGCCCCGCUCGGUCUGCACUGGGGCCCAGUGUCUUCCACUCCCUGGCCGGGAUUGGGCAGCUGUCCUCAGGCCCAAGGGGACCUUUCUUUUCCUACUUAACCUCCUCUCUUGGGCCUUUUGUAGGUGGGCUUGGUUUUCAAUGUUUUCUUUAGGUUCAUAUCCAGAUUUGUUAAGUUAAAUUGAAUCUCUUCCAGUUUGAAACACUUGAGUGCUUUUCUUCUGCUCUUCUUUUUGAACUGCCGCAUGAACCCCCCCAGCUGGGUGUGUGGGCUCCAGGUGGGAGCUCGUGGGGGCCUGGCUGCAAGGCCAGGGUCAUAAGACGGGGCAGCCUUGGGUGGAGCAAUGCUCAGAAAACUGGCUCCCAGCCUGACUGAGCUCGGGCCGGUGUGUGUGCAGCGGCAGGGGGUGGGACCAUCCCCAGGGGCUCCAAGGGCCUCAUUUGAGAUGCUCUCCCAGUGACCCCCCAGUCUGCGGCUGUGCCUUUAAAAGCUCUGUGCUCACGGGCACCCCCGCCCCCCACCUGCCUGUCUCAUGCACUGGGAAAUGGACUCUUCAGACCACAUGGCCUGGGUUUGGGGGUGGGGAGGGGGGGAUGUAUCCCUUUAGAUGCCAGGAGAUGGAAAGACCGGGAAACCAAAGACCUGAGACCAAAUACGAGAGGACCUUGCUCAGCUGCUGGCAGAGGCAGGGCCAGGCCCUCAGCUCUGAACUCUGAACCCUGAGCUCUUCUGCUGUCCCAGAGGGGCCUGUCUGCUCUAGUGGGGCCUGUGCUCCACCCCACGCCAGGCCCAGCCAGUCCCCUUCAUCACCUGAGCCAAGUGACCCCAGUCCCGGGGGUGGCUGGCGCACUUUGCUGAGCACCGAGCGCCGGGGGGGCAGCGUGUGGCCGUCAGCUUGGCCGGGCCCUGCUCCUUAGCGUGCUCCCCCUCCCACGCGCAGGGGACGGGAGACAGCGCCCCCCAGUUAAUUCUGCGGCAGCCCACGCCUGCAAGGAGAGGCUGGUGGACCUGAGGCACUACAGAAACACUGAGACGUGGGGUCAGAAAGGACAGGGAAGCUCGUCUCGGGCUAGCUCAAGAGUACUUAUCCAGGAGACCCAAGUGGACAAGACCAAGACAAGGGUGCCACCUUCCCCAGCCCAGGCAGGAGGCUCCGAGUAGCCCUGAGCAAGGCCAGAAGGCCGACGUGCGCCUCACGGCCCAGGCUGCAGAGCUGCAGCCUUCUCCCCAGGCAGAAGUGCAGGCCACGCGGAGCCUGGGGCUUAUGAAAACAGUUCCAUGAGCAAACAAAGGGCGCUGUCUGAGGAGAGAGGAGCUUGGCCUUUGUUUAGCAGUGGACACUCUGCCGGGGCACCAGGCCCCCCUCUGCGCUGAGCCCCUAAAAUGCCACAAAAGCUUCUGCCCAUCACCGUCCUCGCUGGCUCUGAUGACCUGCAGAAAUAUCCCUCUCUCCGCCUGUUGCCACCUGGCCACACAGGUGCAAGGUCCCAGUGACUCAGGCCAAAGAGAAGCUGAGCGUGACCAGCCAGCCCACCAUGCGAGGCUGAUCACGGACUUGUCUCAUUUACUGGGGCUGGUGUUGGGCUCUGCCUGUAAAUGUUUAACUCCUGAGGGUGCUGACCUCAGGGCCUGGGAGGCUCAGGCUGGGUGGGGGAGAGGGGUUCCUUCUGGCCGC